AUUUCAUUUGUGUUCACAUGAGAAGUGUGGAUAAGUGUGGAUAACUUAUGCUAUGUUCAUAAUCUAAGAUUGUGUAUCCUUUCUUUAUAUUCUGUUAACAGUUCGUGCAUCAUUGAAUUGAGAUGGCGGUUCCUUCAGUAUCUUUGUCUACAAGAAAUAAGAAACAUUUUCUUGGCGUACCAGCUCCACUUGGAUAUGUAGCUGGUGUUGGAAGAGGAGCUACUGGAUUUACAACACGUUCUGAUAUCGGUCCAGCAAGAGAUGCCAAUGAUGUAUCAGAUGAUAGACAUGCUCCACCUACAAAACGUGCAAAGAAAAAAGAAGAGGAAGAAGAAGAUGAAGAAGAUUUAAAUGAUUCUAAUUAUGAUGAAUUUUCUGGUUAUGGAGGUUCCCUUUUUAGUAAAGAUCCUUAUGAUAAAGAUGAUGAAGAAGCCGAUGCAAUUUAUGAGGCAAUUGAUAAACGAAUGGAUGAGAAACGUAAAGAAUAUAGAGAAAAACGUUUGAGGGAAGAAUUGGAACGAUAUCGUCAAGAACGUCCAAAAAUUCAACAACAAUUUUCAGAUUUAAAAAGAGAAUUAGUUAAUGUUAGUGACGACGAAUGGAAAAAUGUUCCCGAAGUUGGAGAUGCUAGAAAUAGAAAACAAAGAAAUCCUAGAGCAGAAAAAUUCACACCAUUACCAGACUCUGUAUUAGCAAGAAAUUUAGGUGGAGAAACUUCUACUAGUAUUGAUCCAUCCAGUGGUUUAGCAUCUAUGAUGCCUGGUGUAGCUACACCUGGAAUGUUGACACCAACUGGAGACUUAGAUUUAAGGAAAAUUGGACAAGCAAGGAAUACUCUUAUGAAUGUUAAAUUAAACCAAGUAUCUGACUCUGUAGAAGGACAAACUGUUGUUGAUCCAAAAGGAUAUCUUACAGAUUUGCAGAGUAUGAUCCCAACAUAUGGUGGAGAUAUCAAUGACAUUAAAAAAGCGAGAUUGUUAUUGAAAUCAUUGCGAGAGACAAAUCCUAAUCAUCCUUCUGCUUGGAUUGCAUCUGCUCGGUUAGAAGAAGUAACAGGAAAGGUUCAAGCGGCGCGAAAUUUAAUAAUGAAAGGCUGUGAAGUGAACCCAACAUCUGAAGAUUUAUGGUUAGAAGCUGCAAGGUUACAGCCGCCUGAUACUGCAAAAGCAGUGAUCGCUCAAUCAGUACGACAUAUUCCAACAUCGGUCAGAAUAUGGAUAAAAGCUGCUGACUUGGAAACCGAAGCUAAGGCAAAAAGAAGAGUUUAUCGGAAAGCUCUCGAACAUAUUCCAAAUUCUGUAAGAUUGUGGAAAGCAGCAGUUGAAUUGGAGGAACCAGAAGAUGCUCGUAUUCUUCUUAGUCGAGCUGUAGAGUGUUGUCCAACUAGUGUUGAUUUAUGGCUUGCUUUAGCCAGAUUAGAAACCUAUGACAAUGCAAGAAAAGUUCUUAACAAGGCUAGAGAAAACAUCCCUACUGAUAGACAAAUAUGGACAACAGCUGCUAAGUUAGAAGAAGCCAAUGGAAAUAAACACAUGGUGGAAAAAAUUAUUGAUCGAGCUAUAUCUUCCUUAAGUGCAAAUGGAGUUGAAAUUAAUAGAGAGCAUUGGUUUAAAGAAGCUAUGGAAGCGGAAAAAGCUGGAGCAGUACACUGUUGUCAAGUUAUUGUUAAAGCCAUUAUUGGUUUUGGUGUUGAGGAGGAAGAUAGAAAACAUACUUGGAUGGAAGAUGCAGAAACUUGUGCUCAACAAGGAGCAUUAGAAUGCGCAAGAGCAGUGUAUGCAUAUGCAUUAACAACAUUCCCUAGUAAAAAAUCCAUUUGGUUGCGAGCAGCUUAUUUCGAGAAAACAUACGGUACACGUGAAUCUUUAGAAUCUUUACUGCAAAGAGCAGUUGCACAUUGCCCUAAAAGUGAAGUACUCUGGCUUAUGGGAGCUAAAUCUAAAUGGUUGGCUGGAGAUGUACCUGCUGCAAGAGGUAUCUUAUCCCUCGCCUUUCAAGCUAAUCCAAAUUCAGAAGAAAUUUGGUUGGCAGCAGUAAAAUUGGAGUCAGAAAAUGCUGAAUAUGAAAGAGCAAGACGUUUACUUGCAAAAGCCAGAGCAUCUGCUCCCACGCCAAGAGUAAUGAUGAAAAGUGCAAAGUUAGAAUGGGCUCUCAACAAUCUUGAUGCAGCUUUACAUCUUUUAAAAGAAGCCCUUGAAGCGUUUGAAGAUUUCCCUAAAUUAUGGUUAAUGAAAGGACAAAUUGAGGAACAACAAGGAGAUUUAGACAAAGCAUUAGAAACUUAUAAUCAAGCUAUCAAAAAAUGUCCGAACUCAAUUCCUUUGUGGCGUUUAUUGGCACAUUUAGAACACAGAAAAAAUCAAGUAACGAAAGCUAGAUCGGUCUUAGAAAAGGCACGAUUACGUAAUCCCAAAAAUGCAGAAUUAUGGCUUGAAGCUAUUAGAAAUGAAUUAAAAUCUGGUGGUGUACGUGAUAUGGCACAUACUCUAAUGGCAAAAGCAUUACAAGAAUGUCCUACAUCAGGACUACUUUGGGCAGAAGCAAUCUUUAUGGAACCACGACCACAACGAAAAACAAAGAGCGUUGAUGCUCUUAAGAAAUGUGAACACGAUCCGCAUGUUCUUCUUGCGGUAUCAAAAUUAUUUUGGUGCGAACACAAAAUUUCCAAAUGUAGAGACUGGUUUAACAGAACUGUUAAAAUAGAUCCAGAUUUAGGAGAUGCAUGGGCUUAUUUUUAUAAAUUUGAGCUUUUAAAUGGUACCGAGGAACAACAAGAAGAAGUUAAGAAAAGAUGUAUUGCCGCAGAACCACACCAUGGUGAGAAUUGGUGCAGAGUAUCAAAAAAUAUUGCAAAUUGGUGUUUGAGUGUAGAUCAAAUUUUAAUAAUAGUUGCAAAAGACUUAAAGAUCCCUAUAUAAAAUAACUGGGGACAGUGCAUUAUAUGGAAAUAUAAAAUAAUAAGAAAUUUUUUUGCCUAAAAUAUAUGCAUAUUGUACAUAUUUAAGUAAAAAAAAAAACAUUAUUAUAUUUAAAUAAACUUUAAAA